AUGCAUACCUCGCAAGAUUCACCGCAGGUCAGCGGCUCGACCGGUUACGGCAAGAAUGUCGUAGAUGGACUGAAGAAAGAGGCGAAGCUGGAACAGUCGUCUGUCCAGAAGUUAUCGAAAGAGCAGGAUCACGUCUUGAAGACGUUCAGGCUGCUCAUCGCGGAUCUUUGUCAGCAAUUCAAUGGCGGGCAUCCCGGAGGAGCUAUUGGUAUGGCGGCCAUUGGUGUCGCGUUGUGGAAAUAUGUCAUGCGAUACGCACCGCACACGCCUGACUACUUCAACCGAGACCGAUUCGUCCUGUCGAAUGGUCACACUUGUCUUUUCCAAUACACAUUCCUCCAUCUCACAGGCUACAAAGCCAUGACCUUCGACCAGUUGAAGUCGUACCACUCAGAACGCACCGAUGCACUGUGCCCAGGACAUCCCGAGAUCGAACAUGAAGGUAUCGAGGUGACGACUGGCCCAUUAGGACAGGGUGUAGCCAAUGCGGUCGGACUGGCGAUGGCCACGAAGAAUCUCCAGGCGAUCUACAACAAACCGGAUUUCGACGUUGUGUCGAAUCACACAUGGUGUAUGAUCGGCGAUGCAUGUCUGCAGGAAGGUGUUGCUCUGGAAGCGAUCUCUUUUGCUGGCCAUCUGAAGCUCAACAACCUUACGAUCAUCUACGAUAACAACCAAGUUACCUGCGACGGCUCUGUUGACCUUACCAACACCGAGGACGUCAAUGCCAAGAUGGCAGCAUGCGGUUGGGAUAUCAUCGACAUCGAGGAUGGAUGUUUCGACAUCGAAGGCCUUGUCGAAGCUCUGAACAAAGCGCGAUCAUCCACCGAGAAGCCCACAUUCAUCAACGUGCGGACAGUGAUUGGGCUUGGUAGUGCGGUCGCAGGCGAUGCCACAGCACAUGGUAUGGCAUUCGGAGCAGCUGAUGUCGCGAACAUGAAGAAGGCUUACGGCUUCAACCCUGAGGAACAUUUCGUUGUCAGCGAAGAAGUGCGCCAGUUCUUCGAAGACAUUCCAGCGAGGGGCGAGGAGCUUGUAAAGUCGUGGGAGAAGAAAGUAGAAGAGUACCAGAGCACGUACCCAGAAGAGGGCGCUGACUUCAAACGCCGCGUCGAAGGUCGCUUGACGGACAAUUGGAAGGAUCUGAUUCCAAGUUCGUUUCCUGAGGCGCCUACAGCAACCAGGAAAGCUUCAGGCCUUGUCUUCAACACGAUUGCUGAGAAGAUUAACAACUUCAUGGUCGGCACCGCUGAUCUGACUCCUUCAGUCAACAUGAACUGGAAAGGCAAAGUCGACUUCCAAAAUCCCGACUUGAAGACCACAUGCGGCAUUCUCGGCAACUACAGCGGACGCUAUAUCCACUAUGGUGUGCGAGAGCAUGCCAUGGCCGCCAUCUCCAACGGUUUGGCAGCAUACGCACCAAACACUUUUAUCCCCGUUACAUCUUCUUUCUUCAUGUUCUACCUUUAUGCAGCCCCGGCUGUUCGCAUGGGUGCGCUGCAACGCCUUCAGGUCGUACAUGCGGCCACACACGACAGCAUUGGAAUGGGCGAAGAUGGCCCAACCCAUCAGCCGAUCGAACUUGCCAAUCUCUACCGCGCUAUGCCCAAUAUAUUGUACAUUCGACCGGCUGAUAGCGAGGAGACGGCAGGCGCGUGGAUCACAGCGAUCGAGGCGAAGAAUACACCGAGCAUCAUCUCGACGUCUCGGCAUACCCUUCCUCAACUACCGCAAACGAAUCGGGACUUGGUUGCGAAGGGCGCAUACGUGAUCGAAGAGGUCGAGGAAGCGGACGUGACGCUUAUCGGUGUCGGUGCGGAGCUGCAUCAUGCUGUUGAUACGGCGAAGGAGCUGAAGGCGAAGAAGAUCAAGGCGCGAGUCGUGAGCUUCCCAUGUCAGCGAUUGUUUGAUGCGCAACCCACACAAUACAAGCGGGACACGCUGCGAAGGCAUCAGGGCAUUCCGGCUGUUGUCAUCGAGCCGUUCGCGCCCAACGGGUGGGAGAGGUAUGCUGACGCGGCUUGCUGCAUGAAGCGCUUCGGCCACAGUUUGCCGGGCAAAGCUGCUUAUAAGUAUUUCGGAUUCGAUGUGCCUGCGUUGACGGCCAAGGUGGAGAGCUACUUGCAGCAGGUGCGCGACGAUCCUCUGCUCAAGGGCGAGUUUGUGGACUUGUGA